AUGUCAUUUGAGUAUGAAAGACUCUAUAAUUUUGAUGAAAAUUUUGUUAAUAAUGAAAAUUAUGACGAAAAUGAUAUUGGUAAUGAAAAUGAUACUUAUGAUGAAGAUGAUAAUUGUGCUGAUGAAGAGGAUAGUACAGAUAGAACUUUGCCUAUUACAUCUUACUUCCCUUCUCGUGAAAUUCUUAUAAAAACAAAUUCAAACAAAAAUAUAAUACAAAAAAAGAAAAGCAAGCCCGGUGUCAGUUGG